AUGGUGGCAGCAACGAGCGCCGGCCGGCCGUGCCCGGAGCCGGACUUCGCCGGGGGCUCGGGCAGCGCCUGCCCCUGGUCCGCCCCCGCCGGCGUUUCCAAGGAGACCUGGGCCGCCGUCUGCGCCGCGGAGCCGCCGCACAGCCAGGGCCGGCGGGAGGCUCGGCCGCCGGGCCAGUUCUGCGGCCCGCAGCUCGGUGCCCAGGACGCGGCGUGGCAGGGAGACCAGCUGUCCUCCCAGCUCUACAGAAACAAGCAGCUUCAAGAUACUUUGCUUCAGAAGGAAGAGGAACUUGCUAGGUUACAUGAAGAAAAUAAUAACCUCCGACAAUACCUGAAUUCUGCCCUGAUUAAGUGUUUGGAAGAAAAAGCCAAGAAACUACUGUCUGGCCAUGGGCAAAAAACCUGUCCUAUCCUCAAAAGUACCAAGAGGAGAUUAAAAGAGGACCACUGCUUUGUUCCUCAAGAAACUCCUCAUGCCUCCAAAGCUAGAAGAAACCUCUUCAAUGAAUUCACUGCCUGUGAAGAGCAAGCCAGCCCUGCUGUGGACAGCUGGGUCUUGCAGACUUUAGGAUUAAAAGAUGUGAACACCAUUGAUGAAGCUUCAGCUAACUACAGUGCCCUGUCCGCAGACCUUGGAAAAGACACUGUUUCCUCCGUCCCAGCCUAUGGGUUGCCUUAUUUGACUGGUGGUUUGUCACCCAACAAAACAGAAGUGGCCUUCACAACAUCCCUGAGUCCCCACCGCAAUGUGAGAACGCACAGCUUCCACCAAGGACAGGCCUUUGUGCGCAGGGACGACGAUGGAGGGUGGAGAUUCACCUGGGUGCCGAAGCAGGCUGAAUGA